ACAACAUGCAGUGGGCUUCCCUCCUGCUGCUGGCAGGGCUCUGCUCCCUUUCCCGGGCCCAAUAUGAGGAAGACUCCCACUGGUGGUUCCACUACCUCCGCAACCAGCAGUCCACCUACUACGAUCCCUAUGACCCUUACCCUUAUGAGCCCUAUGAGCCUUACCCCUACGGGGGAGAGGAAGGUCCAGCCUAUGCCUACGGCUCUCCACCCCCACCAGAGCCCCGCGACUGCCCCCAAGAGUGCGACUGCCCCCCCAACUUCCCCACAGCCAUGUACUGUGACAACCGCAACCUCAAGUACCUACCCUUCGUCCCCUCCCGCAUGAAGUACGUCUACUUCCAGAACAAUCAGAUCUCUUCCAUCCAGGAGGGCGUUUUCGACAACGCCACUGGGCUGCUCUGGAUUGCUCUCCAUGGCAACCAGAUCACCAGUGAUAAGGUGGGCAGGAAGGUCUUCUCCAAGCUGAGGCACCUGGAGAGGCUGUACAUGGACCACAACAACCUGACCCGGAUGCCUGGCCCACUGCCUCGAUCCCUGAGGGAGCUCCAUCUCGAGCACAACCAGAUCUCGAGGGUCCCCAACAAUGCGCUGGAGGGGCUGGAGAACCUCACGGCCUUGUACCUCCAACACAACGAGAUCCAGGAAGUGGGCAGUUCGGUGAGAGGCCUCCGGUCACUGAUCUUGCUGGACCUGAGUUACAACCACCUUCGGAAGGUGCCUGAUGGACUGCCCUCAGCCCUUGAGCAGCUGUACCUAGAGCACAACAAUGUCUACUCGGUCCCCGACAACUACUUCCGGGGGUCACCCAAGCUGCUGUAUGUGCGGCUGUCCCACAACAGUCUCACCAACAAUGGCCUGGCCUCUAACACCUUCAAUUCCAGCAGCCUCCUUGAGCUCGACCUCUCCUACAACCAGCUGCAGAAGAUCCCCCCAGUGAACACCAACCUGGAGAACCUUUACCUCCAAGGCAAUAGGAUCAAUGAGUUCUCCAUCAGCAGCUUCUGCACUGUGGUGGACGUCAUGAAUUUCUCCAAGCUGCAGGUGCUGCGCCUGGACGGGAACGAGAUCAAGCGCAGCGCCAUGCCGCCCGACGCGCCCCUCUGCCUGCGCCUCGCCAGCCUCAUCGAGAUCUGAGAGGCCCACGCACUGGGCGCAGGGCCAGAGCCCCCAUGCCCCUCUGCAUUUGGCUUGAUGGUUUGGUUUGGCUUUUGCUGGAAGGUCUGGGACAGACCAUGUGAC